UCUGUUUAUACGUUUUGUUUUUGUAUGUUGUUGGAUAGUGAUUGUAUAUUUAUGAACAUAAUUUCUGUGUGGAAAAAAACUAUGAUUGGUGAAUUUGUUCAUGUCGAGCAUUGGAUUUUUGGCGUUUCCUGAUAUGAAAAGAGUGUGAUUAGUGAUUAUGAUGUUUUUUCUGGCGGGAUAGGAAUUUUGGAUUGAGGAUUUGGGGAUGUUUGUCUCUCUCACUAGGAAAUUCAAUUUUUAGCAUCUCGUGGAUUUUCUUUUUUCAGAAACUGAUGGAUUUUGUGGAUCAUUUAGGGAAAAUGGCAGGACAAGCUGUUGCAAAUCGGCCUGCGCCUUCGUUUGAUUUUGUGAUGGUUGAUGGAGCGUCUGGGGAUGUUGUUAGCACCACGUUAGGUGCAUCGUCUCACCGGAUGACCCCGUGGAUUGAUCCAACGACGAUUAAGCUCAGGCACCGGAUUGGGAGAGGGGCGUUUGGUGAUGUUUGGUUAGCCAUACAUCACCGUUCGUCUCAAGACCAUGACGAGUAUCAUGAGGUUGCUGUGAAAAUGUUGCAUCCGGUGAAAGAGGAAAACAUUAGAGAUGUCUUGAAUAGACUGGGUGAUUUGAUUUUUAAGUGUCAGGGGUUAGAUACGGUUUGUUUGCUCUACGGGCUUUCGGUUAUCAAUAAGAGAAUAUGCAUUGUUAUGCAAUUCUAUGAGGGCUCAGUCGGGGACAAAAUGGCUCGUCUCAAUGGGGGGAAACUGUCGCUUGGAGAUGUUCUUAGGUAUGGAGUGGAUCUAGCUCAGGGAAUAAUGGACCUCCAUGCAAAAGGGAUACUUAUUCUCAACCUCAAACCUUAUAAUUUCCUGUUGAAUAGAAACGACGGGGCAAUUAUUGGGGAUAUUGGUAUCCCUUACGUGUUGUUAGGAAUCCCAUUGCCUAGUACACACAUGGAUCAAAGACUUGGGAGUCCAACGUAUAUGGCUCCCGAGCAAUGGCAGCCAGAAGUGAGAGGUCCUAUAUCUGUUGAGACUGAUUCGUGGGGAUUUGGUUGCAGCAUAUUAGAGAUGCUAACCGGGAUACAGCCAUGGAGUGGUAAAUCGGUUGAGGAGAUAUACAAGUUAGUUGUAACAAAGCAAGAAAAACCUCAUAUUCCCAGCGGCCUCCCCCCUGCAGUUGAGAAUGUUAUUAUCGGAUGUUUUGAGUACGAUUUUAGGAGCCGCCCCGUGAUGGCAGAUAUUUUACAUGCUUUCAAGAGUUCGCAGAGUGCAGUUUGUCAAGACGGAAGCUGGACAGGUCUCGGAAGUAGAAUGAUCAGAGACAAACCCGGUGGCGGUGGGUAUACAGAGUGGUUCCUUGCUAAGGAUCACCUGCAAGUCGGGGAUGUGGUCCGAUCUAGGAAAACUAACACGUGCAGUGUCAAAAAUAUGGAUGUGCCCGAGGGGUCUGUGGUGGGUCUAGAACGGGAUACAGAUCAAGAUGGAUAUGUUCUAGUGAGGGUGCAUGGAGUUCAUGAUCCACUACGAGUUCAUGUUUCCACAUUGGAACGAGUCACGUUCGGCUUGGCUGCAGGCGACUGGGUUCGCCUGAAGAAUGAAGAGAAGAAGCACUCGCCCAUUGGCGUCCUCCACUCAGUACACCGCGAUGGAAGUGUAGCUGUUGCGUUUAUAGGACUGGAGUCCCUAUGGAAGGGCAUGUAUUCACAGUUUGAGAUGGCUAAGCCUUACUGUGCAGGGCAGUUCGUGAAGCUCAAGUCGAGCGUCUUCAGCCCGCGGUUCGACUGGCCUCGUGGAAGAGGGGGUGAUUGGGCCACUGGCCGGAUUUGUCAAGUGCUGCCAAACGGGUGCCUCGUUGUCAAGUUCCCCGGCCAGCUGAGCAUGGGGAGCGAGGACGUGAGUUUCCUUGCCGAUCCAGCUGAAGUCGAGCUUGUCUCGUUCGAGACUUCACCUGGCUUGGUGAAGAAGUAUCAGCAUCUAGAGGACUUCCACUGGGCUGUGAGGCCACUGUUGAUUGCUUUGGGGGUUGUAACUGCCAUAAAAAUGGGACUGUUUGUUGGGAAGAAAGUGGGGAGAGGAAGAUUGAAGGGAAAGAGUCAUCGUCUGUACCAAAACGAUGUUCGGAAAAGAGGUGGCGCCAGAGACGGGAACGCGGCGUGGCGGCCGCCGGAGGUGGCUAACAUGCUCAGGUGAUGGUUUCUUUACCAAAAGACAAUUGGAAAUCUGCACAGUAGUACUAGUAGAUGUACAUCAAUUUUCUUAAAUGAAAUAUCAAAAUAUAGGAAACUCGACUUUCUUUGUGUAUAUAGAUUUAUGGCUUUUCUCUCGUUAUUUAUUUCUUUCUUUAAUGUAAAGCCUUUAUAUUAGUGUGCAAUAUUGGCU